AGACGAGGCCUCCACUGUUUUAGCAGAUAUUGAACCAGACUACCAACAAAAAUUGACAAGUAACAUUGCAGACAUUUUCACGGAGCAGGUCGAAAACGGGAAACUCAUUUUGGAAGAAAUUGAUGCAACUAUUAGUGAAUUACAAACUCUGUUUGAUACCAUUCGAAACAAGUUUGAAGAGAGGAAACGAGGCGUCAUUUCAUUAUCUGGUGCUACUGCUUUGUCUUACGAAGAUUGUAGAUCCAUUCUCACGUUUCUGAAGCUCAAACUUUAAAACUAGUGGAAGAACCCAGAUCUUUCUCAAAAGACUGGCCGGACGAAGACAACAUGUCAGAACAAAAAGCGUUAGAAAUAUCACGGCCAAAUUCCCCUGCUGCUACAGAGCAACUAUCUUCACUUCUAGAAGCCACAACGAGUACUCAUAAAUCAUCGAGUCAUCGAUCCCGCAAGGAAAAGUUGGUCGUACGAAGUUUCUCAACGGAGUCUAAUGAAUCAGAUAAGGAACUAAUGGAGCCUCACAUUCUCACAAGGGAAGAAUUUCUAAGAGAAAAAAAGAAAAAAUACAAAACAGAGAGUGAUUCACCAAUUCCGAAUAAUGGAUCUCGUGACUCCUCACCACCUUCAUCACCACCAAAGGUAAAAAGUCCAGAAACCCUACUUACUGCCAACAUAUUGGGCGAAUCAUUUCCUUCCCCAAAGAAAGAAAAUCUGUGUAAUAAUGAAGACGAGGGUGGUACAGGCAGCCCUGAAAAAUCAAAAACCAAGUCAAGACCAAGAAAAUACAAAAAGAAAACAAAUUCGGGUUUCAACAUGAAGGAAAAGUCGUCAUCCUCCACAAGAACGAAAAAAUCAAAAUUGCCGAAACCUGAAAAACGUCCAAAAGUUGAUCGAAAAUUGAAACGUAUAUUGAGUCUGAAAUCUGAGAAGACCUCCACCUCUAUCGCAAGUUCUGCAAAAAAACUUUCAAAGAAACGGUUACCUAAAGUCCUUAAGUUCCCUGCAGAAGAGGUAAAACAAUCUUCCUCUCCCAAUACGGAAAUUUGUUCGCCACUUAACUCGUCUACUGCUGGUCCGUCGUCAUCACCAUCCUUCUCAGCUUCAUCAUCAUCCUCGCCUUUCCUUAUUAAAUCCCCAAGGUGUGCUAUGAGCUUUGCAUUACCAAAGCCAGCCACAGUUUCAUCAUGUUCUUCUGUCGCUUAUCCUCCUGCUACAAAGCGACGAUCAAUAUUUACUCACGAGACAAUCCGAGUACUUCCUGAAUUGCAAAGCAAAUUAGUGAAAUAUAGUGUCUUGAAUGAAAGACUGAGAAAAUUCAGCAAGGUUCCUUUGUUUACAUUACCUCAACCAAUCCUUAGAAAGAAAAAGUCAUCUCUAUCACCCAAAAAACUUCUGAGGAAGUCAUCCUUCGUCACAAAGAAAUCCGAUUCUGCCAACACCCAACAAGCAAACAGUCCCAAAAAUAACAUUGCACCCCGUUGUUUGAGCAAUCCAGAUAUGCUCCAAGAUAUAUCUUGUGAAUUGGAUGCACUCACACUCUCCCGGGGGAUAGGAAUGCUCCAAGAUCUGGUCAAAAAUAUUAGUCCCAAUCAAAUGAAAAUGGAAGGAGUAACAAUUCCCCAAAUUUGUGCCGAAGCUGUUGCGAAAUUGGGCAAAGUGGCAUCCGAAUUCCCUACUUCGUCUGAUGAUGAAGAAGAUGAAAACGAAGAAAAUAUUGAACAUCCUUAUGUACACCAUGCAAAAAAUUUAAUCAGAAACAAGGGAACAAUUAAGGAACUGAAGGUACUGAUGGAAGCGAAAACGAAUCUAGAUGCAGCUGGAGGUGAAGAUCGUAAUGUGCACUCACCAUCAUUCAACCCCCUAUUUCCUGCGGGUUCCAGCUUCAUGCGACAAACUCCCUUUCCUCGGCUUCCUCGAAUUCGAACGGAGGAGCUGGAAGUGCUCAAAGAACUGUUGACUCCGGAUGAUGAUUUUGAUCUACGGGAGGACGAAAUUGAAACUAUAAAACUGUAUAUUGAGCUAAUCAGAUCUGAACUCAAUGCGUUUAAGGAGGAUCAGAAGCACAUGAGUAGAACGACCUCAAUGCUGAAGAAUCCAGAAAAUCAAUCCGACUUGGUUAAUCAAAGAAGAAAAAUUGUGGAUGCUUAUAUGAUUCCAGUAAAAUUCUCUUCCGCAGAGCAGAGAUUGCGAGUUAGAGCCGCACUUCCUGGAGUGAUAUUGUCAAAGGAGGAAGUUGCCGACAAAGUUUUGAAAAGUCAAUCCGAUUCAUUACAAGAACUGAAAACUCAAAAACUUAGAAAUGGCAAAAGUGUUCCCUUUGAUUCAAGAUUGAUUGAUUUGAGUAAUAAGGAUGCAGCUAUAAUAAAAAAUAAAACACCUUCCACUAAUCCUAAAAAGACUGAAACCCAAACUUACCCUUUAACUUUUCCACCACCUCACCAAAUGGAGGUCACUGCUGAUUCUACGAUCAUCAAUGAAGAACCGGUUACACGGCUAAGGGAUGGGAAGGAGCUGCGACAUGACAGGAAACCAUUGGAUAUUUUCCGUGAAGAACCAUGUUUCAAAGUGGAAGUAAAACCUGAGCUAUUUGAAAGUGAGAUCAGGCAUUGGAAUGCGGACAGAAUUCAUGAUGACUAUUCCAAGCGAGUGGAUGCCAAUAUGAAGAGGCUACGAGAUGGCAGGUACGAGUACGAGUAUGGACAAGGAUCAAAGAUGACAAGUUCUGCACAAGGUCGUGCUGUAACUGAUGAUGAUGGAAAAGAUUUGAAAUCGUUGGUAUGUACAAAGAAAGGAAAUGCAUCUUUAACUUGUACUGUUACUUCCGAUAAAUGCAUGAUACAAUCAUUACCAUCUAUCAACGCUUCCAGCUCGUCGUCAUCGUCAUCAAUCUCAUAUCAUCCUCACUCUGUGGUCUCGACUCCUCCACCACUACUGCCACAAUCAGCCCAAGAACAUGGAUUCAAACGUAAUCUAUUUACAUCGUCACCCGACAUUUCUUCAAAUGGUACCUCACACACUCCUUCAUACUCAAGCAGUUCAAAGUUACUCUCGUCAUCACAUCAACAAAGUCAGCCCAAUAAAGUCCGCUACUCUAGGCAACACCAUUCUUCACUAUAUCCCCCUUUUGACAACAACCACUGCUCCUUCGCUAUUAAUCACUGCCCUCAUCCCAGGGCCCCGAACUCGCGUUUCUGCAUUUCGCACGUGGAUGAAGGGGCCACUCUUCAUUUUGAGAGGUGUAACUAUGUCAAAGAGGAUGGGAUGUGUUUACGGUAUAUUCCUAGAUCAAACUUACGUUCGAUUCAAAUUUUUUGUGAGAUGCACGCAACCAUUGUGGCCAAUGCUAAGAAGAAGCAGCACAAACAGGAAAAGGCAAGGAUCAAACUCGAGAAUGAUGACAUUCUAUUAACACAGCUCAGUAAUAAUGUCGCGAGAACCAAGGGGGCGAUUAUGGAGACGAGUAGUGAUGAGUAUGAACAUUUCAGAGUGGAAAAGGAACUUGUAGAGGAUAAUUACGAAACUUUGAAUGAUUCCUCUGGAAGUGAUUCUGAUGACGAAGACAUUGAUGCCAGCAAAAUAUUGACCACUGCUCAACAAGAAGAUGAUGAUAAUACGGAUGUGGAUGAUUUGCAAUUUGGAGAACAUCUCAUGGACGACCCAUCUGCAAUUAAUUACGACUGCCUUCGAAAUGCCGGCUAUUUUACUGUAGAUGAAAUCGCUAAAAUUUACCAACAAAAGCUCUUGCAGAAGAAACAAAUCUUACUCCGAUUAAUGGAAAUUGAUAAGCUCAAAUUCAAACACGGGUGGCGUCAAUACAACCGUCAGAAACUUGAACUGAAAAAACAAAAUAUUAACUUUACAACAGAUCCCAAAUUUAUCUCAACCUCUAAUUUGCAAGGACCAAUGAACAUCAAAUCCCGAGCAGCAUUUCAAAAUUUCAUUAAGGAUGAAAUUAAAAUCAAUAAUGAGACAAAGGCUAUUAUGAACCACCGCGUUGACAGAGGUCCUCGUGCUCUGCUUCGUCGCCAGAUAUUGAAGAAACGUCAACGCAUUUUUGAAGCAGACCCGGACAUGAGGGCUAGGCAUGAGUCAAAGGAAGAAGCCAUAAUCAAUUCCAGGCCAAGAUAUCCCACGUUUGCCUGCUCUGCUGGUUCCGGAGGCCAUGCUGGUCUCGUCAGGUGCACUCAAACCGCGAUGCCCUUGUCACGUUUCUGUGUGACACAUAUCGUUCAAGACCCAAAUCAAAAAUUGUUUAAGCCUUGUCUCUUCAAAUACGGCCCUGAUCCGGACGAUAUUUGUCAAACACCGGUACUCACGGAAUUGGAAAAAUACGGCUGUCCACUCCAUGCCCUGCCCAUGCCACCCAAGGAUCCUCCUCACACUCUCAAGGAGAACAGGAAACCUAAAAUUGAGGAGGAAAUUGACAAAAUAAUAAUGCAAGAGAAUAAUGAAGAGACCUCGUUGAGCGACAAUGAAACGGAAGAAGAAGGAUCUGAAGAUGGGGAGGAUGAAAAUGGAGAUGACUACGCUGAAAAGGAAUUGGAGCAUCUGGUUGGUGACGAGGUCGUGGAUAAGAAUCACUUUAAGGAAACAAUAAUGUCUAUUUACACCAACGGGCUGUACAACACGGACUCUGAGGAAAGUGAUGACACGGAAAGUGAAGGUGAUGAACGUGAUGACCAACCCUUGACAGAACAAAGGACAUGAACACCUAUAAAACUAUUUAUAAGGAGCUAUGCAGUUGCUAAUAUUUAUUGAUUAUUUAUUAAUUAAUCUAUACUAUAUAAGACUACUUCAUUCCGUCGGUAUCCAGAAAUAACUGAUUGCAACCUUGCCUUAAAUUUAACUAUAUUAUUACAUAGUUUUGUUAUUGGACUAUUGAUUACGUAAUUGUAAUAUUGACGAAGGUACUAUAUUUUUACUGAGUCAUUAGUUUAGGAUAUGAUAUAUCCUCUCAAACAUCUGUAUUUACAUCAGCAUUUACAUUGAACUACUUUUUAUGCAUUCAAGAAGAUGUUUAGAUAAAUACGUUUAAAAGUUUAAAAGUCAUAUAUGAUUGGAUUACAUUUGUUGAAACAUAUUUGAUUCUCUUCACAAUUCGAUUAAUUGUAUGAUUAAUUCAAAGUAUUUUCACUUUGAAGCAAUAAAUCAGGUUAAAAAUA